AUGAAUGCGCCCUUCGGCAUGAGACUGUUCACCGAUACCGAUCCAACUACCGUCGCAAAACUCGUCCACGUGUUCGCUUUCGCAGCGGCGACCGACCGGCGUUCAGACGUCGGCGCCGAAAUCGCAGGUACCGCAGCUCUUCUCGAUUAUCGACCACGGAUGCACGCCCGCCACGGUCAAGGCGCAGCCGCGGCCCAGGCGCGGCUGCCUCGAUCAAAGCUGUCCGACUUCCUCCAUCUCUGGGUCAACAACAUCCGACUGCUCUACUCCUGGAGCAACUUGAACAACCCGGGUCCGCCACAACUAUCGCCCGGUGCGAUGGGUAAUCUGCAAAGCGACGGCAAGAAGAAACAGAAGAAGAAGGAGAGUAUGGCCCUGCAGGCGUCAACGUCCACGGGAGAGCUGGAUGCGACAGUCGAGGACCAGAGGAAGGAUAACAAGAGGGACCAGACGCCCAGGGCGGCCGAUGGGCGCGACGGAGUUCGCGACACGAUCAAGAUCAGCUUCGAGAAGAUGCAGCCGCCCGGGCAUGCCAAGAGGCAGGCGCCGCAACCACCGAAGAUCGUAUUAUCUCAGGACACGCAGAAGGAUGCGGAGACUGAGUAUCAACAGGAUAACACCGCGAUAGCCAUGACGAAACCUAGUGUAACCAUGACGGAGACUUACCGCCCAAGCAUUACGACGCCGACGACGACACCGGCACAGACCCCGACGAUGCCGCAGGCCCAACAAUUACCACCGUUGUUAGUGACCGAUUCAUGGCGUUUGGCCAACAAGGGCCUGGUCGUUACUGAGAUGCCGACGCCGCCCAGCCAGGAGUCAUCGAGCGACAGCGUGUUCACGGAUCCCGAGGAGCUCGCCUCGAUUCCCGGCGCGACGGUACCGGCGGCGGCGGAAGCGGCAAAACUGCCAUCCGAACGGAAAUCAGCUCCCGAGAAGACCUGCAACAAGGAGGAGAAAUCGGCCUUUACGAUCUCGAGGCACAAGAAAAUUCACCUCGCAAUGUUGAGUCCUCGAAUAAUACUGAAUGAGAAUACGGAGGCGUCGAGUCCGACGUCGGAAGCGAGCAUUAAUCUUCAAAGACGACACAGCAUCACCGAAUCUUCCGUAAGCGAAGGUAUCGUGUUAAGAAGAGUGGCCAGUUUGACUCUCGACCGAACUACGAAGAAAAAGGCUCUCAAGAAUAUCGUUCCUCCAAAGAUGGUUCGUUGUAAAAAAGAGCAACCGCCUCGUCUGACCUCUGUGCUAUCGGGCCGAAAUAUGAAGCAUGAUACCUUAUCCACGGUGGAUCGGUCGGAUGGGCUGUUUCCGGCUCGAAUCCACUCGAGUCAGACUUGCCACGGAUUCUGCGAGGAGGAGGUGAAGAAACUGAGAGACGAGAUCAAACGACUGCGCGAGGUGACCACGAAGGGGGAGAUAAGCACCAAAUGCCAGUCUACUCAAACUUCGCCGAGGAACUUGUCGCCGAUCGACGCACACGUCGAUGAAACGGACAACCUGAACGUCGCCCGACAAUCGUCCUUGACGGAGAAAGACGUCGCGGAUCUCGAAGACAGAGUGACCCCCGCGCCUUCCUGCGCGAGCAAGACACACGACAAAGAUAUCGCGUCGUUGCAGCCGCCCUCGCCGCCGGAAUCGACCCCGAAGAGCAGACCCAUGUCAGAUAAGUCCUUCAUCCCGCCGCCUCCGCCACCGCCGCCGCCGUCACCGUUCGCACAGGCAACAAUGCCGGUGGUACCGGGCACCGAGAAGACGAUUCCGUCGAUCUCGUCGGGGCUGUCCGACUUUUCCAACAGGAUACCGACNCCGCCACCCCCGCCGCCACCCACACCGAUGCCAAGUACAAACACGGUACCUUCUCCCUCGUCGUCCGUAUGCGGGCAAAGUGUCAUCAGCACGCCUCCUUCUCUGCAGAGUAUUAUAAACGCGGUGCCGCCGCCACCGCCACCUCCACCCCUAUGCACGUCUACGCUGGCACAGAGUGCGAGCGGCAUGCCUCUACCGCCGCCGCCGCCGCCACCUCCGCCGCCUCCGCCUCCACCUAUGUCCGUCGUCGCCAUGAGCGCGAUCUCGCCGCCACCCACACCGAUGAACAUGUGCGGGAUUCCACCACCGCCUCCUCCACCACCACCCCCUCCUCCUCCUCUGUCGUUGUCGUCGUUCACGAUGGACGGCGAGGUACCUUCGCCGCCACCGCCGCCGCCGCCACCACCGUUACCCGGAGCGAUGCCAGGCUCUAUGAGCGGACCACCUCCACCACCAGCACUGCCAGGUAUCGCGUCCAUGGGCGGUAUACCUCCUCCGCCGCCACCUUUCAUCGGAGCACCAGCCGUGGGUCCACCUCCACCACCGCCCAUGACACCAGGUGCGACUGGACCCUGUCCUCUACCUGCUCCGCCGGUUGGAGGGUGGAAUCCGCCCAGCAGGGCCAUUAUGAGGAAGCAACCUUUAAAUCCUGACGUGCCUAUGAAGCCGCUUUAUUGGACGAGGAUCUUAGUGCCCGUUGCUGCGAGUAGUCCAGAUCCCGUAGAUGUUCCAGAAUCAUUGCCACACCGUCAGCCGCCUCUAUGGUUAGAGCUCGCUGAGGAAGAGGACAUAAAUAUAAAGGAAUUCGCAGAUUUAUUUUCGCGGCAAGUGAGACAGAAGAAUCUUAGCAAAAAGAACGACGACGAGACACCUAGGAAAUCCAAGGUGCAACCGGCGAAGAUACUAGAUUCGAAGCGCUCGAAAAUGGUAGGGAUUCUGGAGAAGAGCUUACACAUCGACUUUAGCGAGAUCGAGAACGCGGCGUACAACUUGGACACGAGCGUGAUUAGCCUCGAGGCGUUGCAGCAGAUCUAUGAAAUCAAACCAACGGAUAAGGAAAUAGCGGAGAUCACGGCUCACGAGGAGAUGCAUCCGGAUAUUCCUCUCGAUCAGCCGGAGCUCUUCCUCAAACGAUUAUCCGGCAUCAAGCACUUCUCCGAGAGAAUAGCCAGUCUGAUGCUGCAAUCGGACUUUCAAGACGCGAUUUCGUCUGUCUCGUACAAACUGAACAAUGUGCAAACGACUUGCGAGUUUCUGAUCAAAUCCGAGCCCUUGAAGAAGGUGAUUGCCAUCAUAUUGACCUUGGGCAAUUAUAUGAACGGUGGCAACAUGAUGCGCGGCCAGGCGGACGGUUUCGGCCUGGAGAUCCUCGGCAAACUGAAGGACGUGAAGUCCAAUGCGCAGGGGGUCACUCUGUUGCACUACGUCGUGAGAACGAAGCUGUCCCAAGAGAAGGAGCAUAACUUCGAUGAGCCGUUGCCCCUACCUGUGCCCGAGCCGGCCGACGUGGAAGCCGCCUCGGCGAUCAAGUUCGAGGAGCUAGCCAAGGAGCUCGAUAAAUUGGAGAAGGAGCUGCAAGCGUGCGAGCAGAAAUGCGAUACGGUCGUGAAGACGGAUCCAGCCACGUCGAAGAUAUUCAAGGAGAAGGUGGACUCGUUCAUGACGAGAGCGAAUGCCGAAUUGAAGAACGGGCAGGAGCAGUUGCUGGAGGCUAAGAACAAGUUCAAGGAAGUCAUGCGGUUUUAUCAGUUCAUCCCGAAAGGCGCCACUAUGGAGACCGCAGAACCGCAUGACUUUUUCAAUCUAUGGCUCGGCUUCUGCCGAGACUUUAAGGAUAUCUGGAAGAAGGAGCAGCAGCGAAUAUGCAAGGAAAGGCUGGAGGAAGUUCGGAGGAAGCUCGAGAGCAAGCCCGAUGUAGUGAGGGUGAAGUUAAGUCCUCACGGAUUGAAAGCGCGACUGCAGAAAUUAACGAACAAGAAACAGGCUCACAGAUAGUCCCGUCGAGACAGGCGCAAACCGAUAGGCGCUCCUCGGAUUUUGGAUCGCGAACAAUUCACGCGCGCUUACCGCAGAAUUACAAAUCACGCUCAUUUCACCCAUUGAACUCUACAGCCGCGCGGGCGCUGAUAGAGGAUUUAAUUGUAUAUAUUAAUUUUUAAUUCGCACAUUCGUUCUCCUUCCUUCCCGAUCAAAUCGAAAAUAAGAAAUCCGAAAGCGCGAGACGUUGUAUUCGUCGCUGCGGAAGCGGCGACCUCGGAAAAUUUAUUUAUCUACUUUUUUUAUAAAUCUCUACUGCAAACGUAUGCGCGUUAUCUCGAACUGCUCAAGAAAACAAAUAGAAAAUGAGGCGAUUCGAUUCGUUUGAACACCAAUCAAUCAAUGAUACGGUAACGUUGAGGAUAUUUCAAGCAUGCGCAACGAAGUACGAUGAAUUUCGGCCCGGAUGCAGUACGAUCACGAAUUUUCCUUAGGCAAUCAGUCGAUGAGAUGCGAUGAGCUACGAUAUGCGAAUUAUAGCUGUUAUACAGACUGAAAUGUUAAUGAUGCACUGAAAGAUAUAAUGUAUACACUUAUUGUUAGACGCGUUUUCAGAAAAGUUCACUAAUAUCGAGUAAAGAGUAGUAGUCUGGCGGCAGCUUUACGGGUAUCGCUUGCAAACAAGUUGCAAAACACAUUUCAAUCUCCGUGUGUUGUACUGACAGAGUCAGUACAACUCGAUAAUUACGGAAGAUUGGAGACUUGUUUGGUAGAAGAGAAUCAUAUAAUUAAGCUCUGUUCUCAUCUCAGUCGCGCUUUGUCACUUUCUUCUCCUACUGCUUAUUUUCUACUCGCUUGCUUAUCGUUUUACACGAAAAACGAGCGUACGCAAGCUUCGAAGGAGAAGAUCGCGAGAAGAUGCGACUGGGGAGGACAGUCGUAGAUACUAUAACGUCCACGGUGACUAGAAAGUGUGUGCCUAUUUGUACCAUACACUUAAUCCAUGAAUUUUCAUUUCUCUGGAGCGGAGACUUCAAGAGGAAGACACCGAUCGUGAUAUUGUCAUUGUUGUUACAACCCGUUACCGAUAUUUAUUUAUUUAUUUAUCCGUUUGUGUUAAUUUAUACCAGAUUGUCAUGGAUCAAUAAAUAAGAAUGUAAAUAGGACGUUGACUCUUGUAAGA